AUGAUUCCCCUCAUCAAAUUCAACACUGGUGUAUCUGGCCCUAAUCUGGCGACAUGGCACAAGCAAAGCCCUGGCUUUCGAGAGAAGGUCAAGUCUCUCGACAUCCCUGAUCCCCCUGUAUCCCAACUCACACCCAAUCUAGGCUUCACGGCAGAUGUUCUUGGAAAGAUCAUCUCCAAAACGCUCCUCGACCCCUGGAAGAUCCUCCCCCUCUUCAUCUUAUCCAAAUACACCAACAAAGGCCAAACCCUAAGCCAAACUCACCCAAACCUCCACAAAGCCCUCCAAGCCCUAACAACCAUAUCCAUCCUCACAGCCCUCGAAACCUACCUGGACCACCGCAUCCUAAACAACAACCAAAAAGACCACUACAACUGGAACAAAGAAGUCAUAAUCGUCACCGGCGGCAGCACAGGCAUUGGCCGCCAAAUCGCGCAACAACUCGGCGCGCAAGAAAUCAAAGUUGCCAUUCUCGACAUUCACCCCCCAGACCCAACAAGCACCCCAGCCCUCCCCAACAGCGUCCGCUUCUUCGAAUGCGACAUAACCUCCCCAACCCAAAUCUCCACCACAGCCACCUCCAUCCUCAGCACGCUCGGCCGCCCCACCAUCCUAAUCAACAACGCCGGCAUCUGCACCGCGCAAACCAUCCUCUCCAGCACGCCCUCCCAAACCGCCCACAUGUUCGCCGUCAACACCUUCUCGCACUACCACCUGGCCCAGCAAUUCCUGCCGGACAUGAUCUCCCAGAACCACGGGAUGGUCGUGACGAUCGCCUCGCAGGCCGGGUACACCGUCACGCCGAACAUGGUCGACUACAGCGCGUCCAAGGCGGCGGCGAUUGCGUUCCAUGAGGGUCUGGCGGCGGAGCUGGUUACGCGGUAUGCGGCGCCGCGCGUGCGCACGGUGCUGGUUACACAGGGGUUUACGAGGACGGCGUUGAUUAAGGACCUAACGCCUGAGGAUACGUGGUUUAAUCCGCUGCUGUGGCCGGAGAGUGUGGCUGCACGGGUGGUGGGGCAGGUGUUGACGGGGGAGAGUGGGCAUGUUUUGCUGCCGGGGUCGGCGGGGUGGGUUUCGAGGAGGUUGAGGGGGUUGCCGGGUUGGUUUCAGCAUGUUUUGAGGUGUCGGUUGGAGAGGUUGAUGAGGGCUGGGUGA